GCUGCUCCCAUCCCUUGGCUAAAGAAAAUAAUUCUGACUCCACUCAGUUUUCUUUAACUGCUCAGUUAUCAUCUGAGAAAACCUCCUCUCUUUACAUUACAGUACCUAGAGGAAUAUUUGGAAUACCAAAGAUUGGAAAGCGACUCCCUGAGCAGAUCAAAUAUGUUUAUAAAAGUUCCAUUCUUCAUCUUCGUCCUCGGGAGCCUGCCUUUUGUAGCACUUGCUCAAGAAGCAAGCUCAGUUCUAGAAGGAGAAGAAAGUGCAACAAUUGAUUUCAGAGACAGAAAUGACACAGAAUAUGAAGAAUUUCCAACAAUAUUUGGAGAAAUGAAGACGACAGAAAGUACCUUCAUCGUGGAUGAAGAAAGUGAAAAUGCUACUGCCUAUGAAGUUAACACAGAAAGUGUUGAUGGUGGGGAACGGAGUGGGGAACCAGAGACAACUGAUGAAGGUGGUCUGGGAACAAUUGCACUGCUUGGAAUAAUUAUUGGAAUCAUUGUUGCAGUUGGAAUCCUUGCAGGAAUAAUAAUUACAGUUGUAAGGAAGAUGUCAGGCAGGCCUUAAAUACUGUUGAAACAAGCAUCCAUGCCAUUCCAUGCUGGAAAACACAAGUGCUUCUUAUUUCAUACAAACUAAAGACUAUUCCUGUAUUUGUGUGAGAAGAUGAUCCAUGGAAAAUAUAGUCAAAGAAUUUCAGAUCUGUGGGGAUACCACACAACUUUAAGGACCACCCUCACACCCCUCCUUGCACAGAGCAUGGAACAUUUAAUAGGAUUUUUUACUAACCAGAAUUUUACUAGAAGAAAACGAU